AUAACAGUGGUCUGAUAAACUUUUGUUUCUUUCUCAUUCUUCCGCCUUAGCAACCCCCCUCUCUCCCUCUCUUACUCUACCAACAGAUUUUCUUUCUCCCCAACCUCACGCGUGAAAGAAAAAAAUAAUUAUCUAUCAUUAACAUUAUGAUUCGUACAGCACUUCAAAGAUCAUUUACGGGCAUUAGUCGAUUGGCAGUCCGUCAUCCUAGUAAUCUUGCGACAAGGUCUUUUUUGACAACCACAGCACCUGCCAAAACUAGAAGUUUGCAAACCUUCAAUACAACAUUUAAGAAUAGUUUUUUAUCGUCCCAAAAGCGAUUUUUAGCUGCAACAGCAACUCCUGCCACAGUUGUCUCUAAACCUGCAGUUGCCUAUUGGCUUUAUUUUAAUGCCGGUAUGGUAUUUGCUAUCGUUGUAGUAGGUGGGUUAACUCGCUUAACCGAGAGUGGUUUGUCUAUUACUGAAUGGAAUGUUAUUUCUGGUAUGAAACCACCUCGAUCGGAGUUGGAGUGGAAAGAAGAGUUUGAGAAGUAUAAGCAGUUCCCUGAAUACAAAUUGUUAAAUCGGUAUAUGACUUUAGACGAGUUUAAGAAUAUUUUCUAUUGGGAAUGGUCCCACCGUAUGAUCGGCAGAUUUAUCGGUGCUUCAUUCAUUUUACCAGGUCUCUAUUUUGCUUCAAAGGGACAUAUGUCCAAACGUGUUGCGAAGCAAACAUUUGGCAUCACGUGUCUCUUAGGUUUCCAGGGUUUCAUGGGUUGGUAUAUGGUUAAAUCGGGCCUCUCUGAUGCUCUUAUGAAAGAGCCUGGAAGUGUUCCUCGUGUCAGUCAGUACCGUUUAACAGCACAUUUAGCCACGGCUAUUGCCAUUUAUGCAAGUACUAUUUUCGUUGCUGCUGAUAUUGUUCGUCAGAACAAGAUUGCCUCAGGAAAAUACUCUCAAACUACCGCUUCUAUGUUAAAUAACCCUAUUUUGAAACGUUUCCGUAUUGCCACUCACAGUUUAGGCGCUUUGAUGAUGCUUACUGUUCUUUCUGGUGGCUUAGUUGCAGGUUUGGAUGCAGGUUUGAUCUAUAACGAGUUCCCUUUCAUGGGUGAAGGUAUUAUUCCCCCCAAGGAUGAGCUCUGGUCUGAUAAUUACGUAAAACCUAAUGAUAAUGGUAAAUGGCGUAAUUUCUUGGAGAAUCCUACUACUGUUCAAUUUGAUCAUCGUACUUUAGCCGAAACCACUGCUACUUUAACUACUGCUUUAUGGCUGUACUCCAGAAAGCUUCCUUUGCCUAAGAAUGUUAAGAUGGCUGUCAACACCAUGAUGGGUGCUGUUGUUGUUCAAGUAACUUUAGGUAUCUCAACAUUGAUCUAUAUGGUCCCCAUCCAAUUGGCUGCUGCUCAUCAAGCUGGAGCUUUGGCCUUGUUGACCUCCAACUUUUGGUUAAUCCACGCUUUACGUCGUGUCCCUGUUUAAAUUACUUCUGUUAUAAAAAAAUAAAAAUGAAAAGCAUUACUGUAGAUAU